AUGAUGUCUGUUUCAAACACUUCAGCCCAAUCACAAUCUACAACCAAAACCGAAAAUGUAGCUUCGCUUCGCUCGGCAAGGAAGGUACAACGUGGUUUGGUUACAAGGAACACUAAUCGAUUGGAAAUCCUACUCUCUGAUUUUGACAACAAUCACGACAAGGUGUUAGCUUUCAACGAGAUCGCCGAUCUGAAUGAACUUAUCAACGAACGACGCGCCAAACUGCAAACCGUCGACGAGGACUUACGUCUCGCUAUGCAUCACGAGGGUGAAGAAGAGUCAACUAUCGAAAAGGAAAUGGAGGAAAGCUACGAUUAUACUGAUGAACUAUCCAUGAAAUCACGUAGAAGGCAGCGACGCAUCGACGCCAUUGACCCACGCAGACAAGCACCGAACACAGGCUCCAGCGCCGGUUCAACUCCACGCAGCAACCCAUCAGCUAGUACGCACAGAACUGUGAAUUUGCCGAAAAUUGAAUUACCAACAUUUUCGGGCAAUGUAUUGGAAUGGAUCACAUUCUAUGACACGUACAGGUCUACAAUUCACGAUGAUAAAACACUCGGAGACAUUCAACGAUUCGCAUAUCUCAAGGGGGUAUUACGAGGAGAAGCCCUACUCUUGAUUUCAAGUUUACCGCUCACAGAAGUGAAUUACGCCCAAGCGCUCGCACUUCUCAACGAACGUUACGGACAGAAACAUAUGAUUAUUUCCGCUCACAUGGAAGCUCUUUGGCAGCUGCAGUCGCCCAUUGACGAUGUUACGAGUUUACUACGCUUCAAUGACACGCUCGAGUCCCAUAUUCGCGGACUGCAAGCCCUGGGAAAAGAUGAAUCCACGUACGGCGAGCUACUAGUUCCCAUGAUACUACCAUGGAACUAUAUAGUUCCAUGA